AUGGCCGAAGAACAGGAGCCCAUUAAGCGGGAUGUCCGCAACCAUAUGCUCUUCGAGGUGGCCACCGAGGUGGCCAACCGGGUGGGUGGUAUCUACUCCGUGCUCAAGUCCAAAGCUCCGGUCACCACCGCCGAGUAUGGAGAGCGGUACACACUGAUCGGGCCGCUGAACAAGGCCUCCGCCGCCGUCGAGGUCGAGGAGCUCACUCCCGCCAACCCGGCCAUGCGGGAAACGAUUCAGUCCAUGAAGGAGCGCGGCAUUGAGAUCGUCUACGGUCGCUGGCUCAUUGAGGGAGCCCCGCGCGUGCUCCUGAUCAACACCGGAACAGGCUACAGGUGGUUGGAUGAGUGGAAGGGCGACUUGUGGACCAACUCUGCCAUUCCCUCCCCCGAUGCGGACCAUGAGACUAACGAGGCCAUUGUAUUUGGAUACUUGGUCGCCUGGUUUUUGGGAGAGUACAUUGCCCAUGACCGUCGCCGGGCGGUCAUUGCCCACUUCCAUGAAUGGCUGGCGGGUGUUGCGCUGCCGCUGACCAAGAAGCGACACAUGGACCUGACCACGGUCUUCACCACCCACGCCACCUUGCUGGGUCGGUAUCUCUGUGCGGGCUCGGUGGACUUCUACAACAACCUGCAGUACUUCGAUGUGGACGCCGAGGCCGGAAAGCGUGGAAUCUACCACCGAUACUGCAUCGAGCGUGCCGCGACUCACGCCUGUGAUGUGUUCACCACGGUGUCGCACAUCACCGCAUUCGAGAGCGAGCAUCUGCUCAAGCGCAAGCCCGACGGCGUGCUGCCGAACGGAUUGAAUGUGAAGAAGUUCUCCGCCAUGCACGAGUUCCAGAACCUGCACUCGCAGGCCAAGGAGAAGAUCAACGAUUUCGUGCGCGGACACUUCUACGGACACAAUGACUUUGAUUUGGAUAACACUCUCUACCUCUUCACUGCAGGCCGCUACGAGUUCCGCAACAAGGGUGUCGAUAUGUUCAUUGAAGGGCUGGCCCGUCUGAACCACCGACUCAAGUCGUCGGGAUCGACCAUGACCGUGGUUGCGUUCAUUAUCAUGCCUGCGCAGACUUCGUCAUUGACAGUCGAGUCGCUCAAGGGCCAGGCCGUCGUCAAGUCCCUUCGCGACACCAUCGAGAACAUCGAGAAGGGUAUCGGCAAGCGCAUGUAUGAGCGCUGCCUGUCCUGGAAGGAAGGCGACAACAUGCCCGACGAGAAGGACCUCAUCACCAGCCAGGAUCGCGUGAUGCUGCGUCGCCGUCUCUUCGGCAUGAAGCGCCACGGUCUCCCCCCAAUUGUCACUCACAACAUGCACAAUGACCACGAGGACCCGAUUCUGAACCAGAUCCGUCGUGUGCAGCUGUUCAACCACUCCUCCGACCGUGUCAAGGUCGUCUUCCACCCGGAGUUCCUCAACUCGGCCAACCCGGUGCUGCCUCUGGACUACGAUGACUUUGUCCGCGGCACCCACCUGGGUGUCUUCCCCUCCUACUACGAGCCCUGGGGAUACACCCCAGCGGAAUGUACGGUGAUGGGAGUGCCCAGCAUCACUACCAACUUGUCCGGAUUCGGCUGCUACAUGGAGGAGCUGAUUGAGAACUCCUCCGACUACGGAAUCUACAUCGUGGACCGACGCUCCAAGGGUGUGGAUGACUCCGUCAACCAACUGACGGACUUCAUGUUCAACUUCACGGAGAAGAGUCGUCGCCAGCGGAUCAACCAGCGUAACCGUACAGAACGACUGAGCGAUCUGCUCGAUUGGAAGCGAAUGGGGAUGGAAUACGUCAAAGCGCGCCAGCUCGCGCUGAGGAGAGCCUAUCCCUCCUCAUUCGAGGGCCAGGAAGAUUACUUCGAUAUCAUUGGAGGAACGGAUCAGAAGAUCUCCCGCCCGCUUUCUGUUCCGGGAUCCCCUCGGGAUCGCUCCGGAAUGAUGACCCCCGGCGACUUUGCCUCCCUGCAGGAGGGUCAUGAGGGGUUGAGCACAGAGGAUUAUAUUGCAUGGAAGCUGCCUGAGGAGGAGGAGCCUGAGGAGCACUUCCCACUCACCCUGCGCACCCGCAAGGCCACAGACCGAGCUGCGUCGCCGCUGGACAGCAUAUCGAUCAAUGGCAGUCGUGCUCAGAGUCCGAAAUAG